UCCUACCCCGUCCAGUCCCCCGCCAACCCCGCCGUGUACCCACAGACUCUGCCCCUUCCGCAGCCGCCGCCCUACACAGACGCGCCUCCUGCUUAUUCCGAGCUUUACCGUCCCAGCUUCGUGCCUCUGGGGGCUGCCACCGUACCUACAAUGUCUGCGGCGUAUCCGGGCGCUUCCGUCUUCCUGCCUGUGGCCCAGUCUGUGGCCGUGGGUCCGAUCGGCUCGUCGGUCCCGAUGGCGUAUUACCCCGUGGGACCGGUUUAUCCUCCGGGCUCGACAGUCCUUGUUGAAGGUGGCUUUGAUGCUGGAGCAAGGUUUGGGGCUGGUGGAACAGCCAGCAUCCCUCCCCCCCCUCCUGGCUGUCCCCCCAAUGCCGCCCAGCUGGCCGUAAUGCAGGGAGCCAACGUCUUGGUGACGCAACGGAAGGGAAACUUCUUCCUGGGAGGCUCAGACGGCGGCUACACUAUCUGGUGA